UCGAGGACGAUUUAACGAACUUUGUGCGCCACACAGCAGAGAGAAAACAGCGCUUCGUAGUUUGGUAGCUUCUGUACUGAGAGAGAGAUUCAGCGUCGUGCUUACAGAUUUAUCUACAGCCAUGGGAAAGGAUCCCACCAAACCCAAAGGCAAGACCUCGUCCUACGCGUUCUUUGUGCAGACCUGCCGAGAGGAGCACAAGAAGAAACACCCAGACACUCCGGUCAACUUCUCAGAUUUCUCCAAGAAAUGCGCCGAGAGAUGGAAGACCAUGUCUCCUAAAGAAAAGACCAAGUUCGAGGAUCUGGCCAAAAACGACAAGGUCCGGUAUGACCGUGAGAUGAAGAACUAUGUGCCACCCAAAGGUGCUAUGAAGGUGGGGAAGAAGAAGAAGGACCCAAAUGCCCCAAAGAGGCCACCAUCUGCUUUCUUCGUCUUCUGCUCGGACCAUCGGCCAAAGGUGAAGGCCGACCACCCGGGCAUCUCCAUCGGUGACAUUGCCAAAAAGCUGGGAGAACUGUGGUCCAAACAGACAUCCAAGGAUAAGGCUCCGUACGAGCAGAAGGCGAUGAAGCUGAAGGAGAAAUACGAGAAGGACGUCGCCGCGUACCGCGCCAAGGGAGCCAAACCCGACGGUGCCAAGAAGGGCGGACCAGGAAGGCCGACCGGCCGAAAGGCGGAAGCCAUGGAUGACGACGACGACGACGAAGAGGAAGACGAGGAGGAGGACGACGACGACGACGAGGACGACGACGAGUAAACUUAUCAGGAUCAGGAAACUUGAGCUGUUUUGAGUUGUGUAAAAUGCAUUUUUAAAAGCAUUUUGAAUAUUUCCAAAACAUGUACAGGGAUGUGUAUAGAUGAAAUACAUUAAGGUCAUGUACUGUUUUGUAAAUUUUUAACAGCUGGUUUUGUUAAGCACUGCUUGUUUUGGUUUUUUUUUGUUGUCUGGCUGUGGUUUUUCUGUCUCAACUGGUUUCCACUGGCUCUGUAAGGAAACUGAGGAACAAGAUUUGUAGUUAAAGCCUCAAAAUGUUUUUUUUUUUAGACUUUGAGCUUUAAAUUUUGUUUAGACAUGUUUUUUAUAAUAAAUCUUUUGAAUAUUA